UCGAAAGCUAUCUUUGAUCUGAGAAAGAAAGAGCUCCAAAGCAUCUUUAUCUCAAUCCAAACUCCAGCUCAUGAUUCUCACUUUCACAUCAUGAAUGUUGUGAUCCUGUGGGCAUGCUCUCCUCCAGUGCCUGAGCACACAUGCACCUCGUCCAGGUCACACACCUGCUCUUCAUCUGCUCCUCAUCAGCCACUCUGCACUCCAGCCGACGCCAGACUAUUGUUCACCUCUGAUCCUGCCUGCCCGCCCGUCAGCCCUCCUGCCUGCCUUGCUGUCUGCCUGCCUGCAAAACUGCCAGCCCGCCAUCCUCACUCUGUUCAAAAUAAAAUUUGUUACCCGGAAAGCCGUGUCCGCAUUUGGAUCCCACCUUCCACCCACCCGCCAUAACAUAGAAUAAAUCAAGUACUUUUUGAAUUGUAAAUUACUUUUCAUUUAGUAGACCCCAUUUUAUAAACUUCAGGCUGCUGACUUUUUAAAUGAACACAAAGUGCAACUAGCAAAGUGCAACUAGCAAAAUGAAUAAUAAAUAUGGGGGCAAGUGCACAUAAGUCUGCACUGAAUAGUUAUUUCACAACUUCUCUCAUCACUGUUUUCCUUUUACAGAAGUUGGUCAUCACAUCUCAAGGGGUUUUUAUGUAACACAACAGGCACAAGGACCCGGAGUCCCACCUACUGCACUUAAAACUGUUUGCAAGGACAUUUGCUUAAACAGGAGCUGAGAUGCUCAUUCUUGCCAGCAUUUAAUGAAAAUGGCAACACAUUGGCCUUUAAUUGGUGCUCUGUUCUUUUCCCUUUGUGUUUUUGUGCACUCUUCUGCACUUUUUUAUCCCAAACCAGCAAUAGAUGCAAAACCAGGGAGAUGCCCUAAACAUCUCUAUGGUUUCCCAUCCCGUUUCCACUGCAACUGUGACGAUGACUGCGUUGAUGACCACAAAUGCUGUGAAUAUAGCUGUGGAAUGGUGUGUGUGCCUCCGGCUAUCGUAAGGCUCGAGUGCCCUAACACUCAUGGGUCCGUAGGCGCGUGUGUUGAAGAGUGCACUUGUGACAACGACUGUGGCAGUGGUAAAAAAUGUUGUUCAAAUGGAUGUGGGCAUGUUUGUACAACACCAAUAACAGUCAAGCCUGGUUUCUGUAUGCCCAGCAUAAACUGUCUGGGUGCUCCGUCCUGUGCCGAGGAUGGUAACUGUGAAGGGGAUAAAAAGUGCUGCCAUUCUCUGGGUUGUGGCAUGGUCUGCAAGGAACCCUACUUCAAGCCUGGUUUCUGUAUGCCCAGCAUAAACUGUCUGGGUGCUCCGUCCUGCGCCGAGGAUGGUAACUGUGAAGGGGAUAAAAAGUGCUGCCAUUCUCUGGGUUGUGGCAUGGUCUGCAAGGUACCCUACUACCCAGAAAACAGCAAAACGAAAAUGGAACAUCACUUGUCUGUAAUAAGGACUCUCCUGCUGGUCAUUGCUGCCUUUGUGCUACCGUGCCUAACUUUUCCUCCAAAACCUGGUCACUGUCCAUCAUACUUUGUUGGUCCAGAGUCUGAAGGAAGCUGCAAGUGGGACAGAGACUGUCCUAACGACUACAAAUGCUGUGUGUUUAGGAACAAAGCAACCUGCGUCCCACCAAUUGUUGUUGAACAAGUGUGUCCUGACACAACUGGGAUGAUUGGGAUAUGUGUGGAAUUGUGCGGUCUUCAUGGUUACUGUCCAAACGGUGAACUAUGCUGCUCCAAUGGAUGUGGACAUGUGUGCACAACCCCAAUAACAGUGAAGCCAGGUGACUGUCCUGAUCCAAGAUUCACACGCCAGUGUGGCACAAGGUGCAGGCACGAUGGCAACUGUCCAGGAGAAAUGAAGUGCUGUCAGACGAGCUGUGGUCAAGUCUGCAGACGUCCUUUCUGUCACUGUCCGUCAAACUUUGAUGGCCCUUUACCUGACAGGACCUGUAUGUGGGACAUUGGGUGUCUUGAUGGCUACAAAUGCUGUGUGUUCAAUAACAGACCAGUAUGUGUUCCUUCAAUCCCUGUUGAAAAAAAGUGUCCUUUGAUAAAUGAAUAUGGGAUAUGUGUGGAAUUGUGCAGUUCUGAUUCUGACUGUUCAAACGGUGAAGUAUGCUGCUCCAAUGGGUGCGGACAUGUGUGCAAAAUUCCAAUAAUAGUAAAGCCAGGUCAGUGUCCUGAUCCCAGAUUCACACAUCAGUGUGGCACCAGGUGCUUCCAGGACGGCCAGUGUUCAGGAGAAAUGAAGUGCUGUCCAACGUCCUGUGGUCAAGCCUGCAGACACCCGAUCUGAUCCCACACUCAGCAACACAUUCAGAUCACAUGGGCUGUCUGUUUCAAAGAGAAACAAAUAAAAAAAAAUCUCAAUGUCAA